AUGAAGAAAUCUAUUACUUUUUCGGUUUUGGCAAUGCUAUGGAUAGUUUCUGCAACUGCCGAUAAUUAUUAUGGACUGGAGGUGGGCUAUUAUGGCUAUGCGUGCCCUCAAGCUGAAUCCAUUGUCAGGUGGACAGUCUUUAAAGCUCUAGAAAGGGAUCCUACUUUAGCUCCGGCCAUUAUAAGGAUGCAUUUCCAUGAUUGCUUUGUUAGGGGUUGUGAUGGAUCGGUUCUUAUAGAUUCCACACCAGGAAACACUGCAGAGAAAGACUCACCUGCAAAUAAUCCAAGUCUUCAAGGCUUUGAACUGAUCGACGAAGUAAAAGCAGCAUUAGAAUCAGUUUGUCCUGAAGUAGUGUCAUGCGCAGACAUAAUUGCAUUUGCUGCAAGAGAUUGCUCAUAUCAGGCAGGCAAUAUUUUUUGGGAAGUCCCCGCGGGACGCAGAGACGGAAGAAUUUCUUCAAAUAACUCAAUCCCAGGGAACUUACCUCCUCCUUCCUUCAAUGUCAAACAGUUGACAGAUAUAUUUAUGCAAAAGGGCCUCUCUCAAGAAGAAAUGGUAAUUCUAUCAGGUGCUCAUUCGAUUGGUGUAUCCCACUGUUCCUCAUUUAGCGACAGGCUUUACAACUUUGCCAACACGGGUGCUGGAGAUCCUACUCUGGACGCUCAACUAGCCCAGCAACUGAAGCUUACCUGUCCAGUUACCCCGCCUCCUGACCCAAUUGUACCUAUGGAAACCGUUUCACCAUCCACGCUAGACAAUGUAUAUUACACCGAGCUUCUCAAAAACAGGGGACUAUUUACCUCUGAUCAUACCCUACUAACGAAUCCUCCAACUCUAAAAGUUGUUGAGAUUAGUUCAAGCUAUCCAUCAAUAUGGAAGACCAAGUUUGCCAAAGCAAUGGUGAAGAUGGGCACCACAGAGGUACUCACCGGAUCUCAAGGCGAAAUUAGAAAAAACUGCCGAAUCGUAAAUUGA